AUGGAUAAACUGUCGAUAGUGAUCGAAUCGCUGACAAAACCGCGAUAUGAGGAGGAUUCCAUCGAUCGGUUGAAUUAUCAUAUUACCACAUUUAUACUGCUCAUUGCGGCAUUCACAAUAAUAGCCAAGGAAUAUGGAGGUGACCCGAUUCAGUGUUGGUUGCCUGCCGAGUUAGCCUCACAAAAAUCAUGGGAACAAUAUGCGGAGGACUACUGUUUUAUCGAGAAUACCUAUUACAUUCCGUUGGAACAAAAUAUGCCACAAAGUGACAAGCACCGUGACGAGAAACUUAUCACUUAUUAUCAAUGGGUACCAUUCACGCUAAUGUUGCAAGCAAUGUUAUUCAUAAUACCUCAUAUCUUCUGGAGAAUGCUCAACUGGACUUCAAACGUGCAAACGCGUGCAGUGAUAUCAAUGACGGACAGUGUACGUCAUAUGGAUCCUUGCAGUGAUGAGGCGCAUGAUACCGUUGAUGCCAUUGCCAGUCAUAUCUAUCACGCUGACAAAUCCACCAAGCAUUUGCAUAAAAUAUUACAGAAUAGUAAUUUGCUUGUCAUCUUUACAAGGACUUUCACACAGUCUUAUCUCAGUACAAUCUAUCUAAUAACCAAAUUGUUAUUCAUAACAAAUGCAACGGUUCAGUUUUGGUUAGUGUCACUUUAUUUGGGCGGAAACGGAUAUGAUCUGACGAAAGCACUGAUAAAACAACAAACCUGGCAAAGUACCGGUCUUUUCCCAAGGGUUACUAUGUGCGAUUUUAAGAUUCGUGUUAUGGGCAACGUACACCACCAUACUAUCCAAUGCGUCCUGAUGGCGAAUAUGUUCAACGAGAAGAUAUACAUCGCUCUGUGGUGGUGGCUACUCAUCAUAAUAAUCUUGACAGCUAUCAAUUUCCUCUACUGGCUCUAUGUCCUUAAUUCGAUCACUUCAAGUUAUCGAUUUCUAAUUCGACUCGUCAGACUUGGUCAGCCGCAAGAAGAAAUGACAAGCCAUCUUACACAGAUGUUCGUUGAGCAGUUUGUCGGUGACACAACAUUGGUUUUAAGGUUGGUGACGCAAAACACCAGCGAACUAGUUGCAAGUAACGUCGCCGCCCGCUUAUUUGACAUUUUUGCCAAAAGUGUGGAAAACCGACAGAAGAGUUGUUGCAAUGAAGGAAAACCCCGACAAGACCUAAAAACGGCCCUUUCAACAUCAGCGUCGUCUCCCAUACUAUCAGAGGCAAUAAUACCAUGA